UAACCCAAAGAAUUUUCAUGUACGCGUCUUGGUGAAAUUUAUUUAAAAAAUGGAAAAUAUUCCCCGAACGCAUGAAGACAUCGAGGCACAGAUCAGCGUGAUCCAGGAAAAGAAGACGGAACUGGCCAAAAGCACGGCGGCGGCAGCUGGCGUCGGUUUGCUGGACAGUGGUGGUUUCUUCGACACCGAUCUGUACGACGACGAUGCCAACAAGGGGAAGGGCCGCUACGAGGGCUACAACACCUCCAUAGCGGCGAACGAUGCGGAGGAGGUGGACGAGGACGAGGACGAUGGCUUUCCCGUUCCCCAGAAGCGCACCACGUAUACGGCGCCCACUUCUGUACUGAAAGACGUCACCCAAGGGAAGGAGGAUGUCGAUCCCAUGGCCGAUCGGCGCCGUCCCACGAUUGCGGAUCGUGAGGAUGAGUACAGACAGAAGCGGCGUCGUAUCAUCAUCUCACCGGAGCGAGCGGAUCCCUUUGCCGAAGGCGGCAAAACGCCGGAUGUGGGCUCCCGCACCUACACGGACAUUAUGCGGGAGCAGAUGCUGAAGGGCGAGGAGACGGAGCUGAGGCGCAAGAUCCUAGAGAAGACGAAGGAUGGCACGCUGGUCAAAUCUUCCUCGUCGUCGUCUUCGGCAAAUGGGGAGUCCUCGGCCCCCAAGGAAGGAGCCCGGAAGCGAGGAAGAUGGGAUCAGACAGUCAGCGACAGUUUUGUGCCUGCCAAGGUGGCGGCUACGCCGAGCAGCGCUGCCACUCCCACCUGGGAGGAUAAAACUCCUGGAGACCAUCGCUGGGAUGAGACGCCGGGCCACAAGGGCAGUGAGACUCCUGGUGCAACCCCCGGCCUGGGCACACGCAUCUGGGAUGCUACUCCUGCGCAUGCCAUGACACCGGGUCAUGAGACACCGGGCCAUGAGAAGUCGGCCCGCAGGAAUCGGUGGGAUGAGACACCAAAAACAGAGCGUGAAACCCCAGGACACAGUGGAUGGGCCGAGACACCAAAGCCCGACCGGACAGGCAGUGGAGCUGGCGGCGAGAGCAUCUCCAUAGAGUCUACACCAGGAGCCUCGAAACGUCGUUCGCGCUGGGAUGAAACACCCUCGAAUGCCACGCCCGCUAUAACGCCGACAAACGCCAAUGCCAUGACACCGAGCAUGACUCCCAGCAUGACGCCGCAUGCCACACCAGGUCAUGCCACUCCUCUGAUGACGCCCGGAGGAAGCACUCCCGUCGGAGUCAAGGCAAUGGCCAUGGCUACGCCCACGCCUGGUGCACUGGCUGCCAUGACGCCGGAGCAGCUGCAGGCCUAUCGCUGGGAGAAGGAAAUCGAUGAGAGAAACAGGCCUUACACUGAUGAAGAACUGGAUCAAGUGUUCCCGCCGGGCUACAAAAUUCUACCACCUCCCGCAGGGUACGUACCCCUCCGGACGCCCGGCCGUAAGCUUAUGGCGACGCCCACUCCCAUAGCUGGGACUCCCGCAGGCUUCUUCAUCCAAGUGGAGGACAAGAAUGCCAAGUUUAUGGAUAAUCAGCCAAAGGGACAGAAUCUGCCCUUCAUGAAGCCGGAGGAUGCACAAUAUUUUGAUAAACUUCUAGUGGAUGUUAACGAGGAUACCCUGUCACCGGAGGAGCUAAAGGAGCGCAAAAUCAUGAAGCUUUUGCUGACCAUCAAGAAUGGUUCGCCGCCGAUGAGGAAGUCUGCCCUUCGACAGAUCACGGACAAGGCCAGAGAGUUUGGUGCAGGACCGCUUUUCAAUCAAAUCCUACCCUUGCUCAUGUCGCCGACAUUGGAGGAUCAGGAGCGUCAUUUGCUGGUCAAGGUGAUUGAUAGGGUUCUCUACAAGCUGGAUGAUCUAGUACGUCCCUAUGUGCACAAGAUAUUGGUGGUGAUAGAACCUCUCCUGAUCGACGAAGAUCACUAUGCUCGUAUCGAAGGAAGAGAGAUCAUUUCCAACCUGGCCAAGGCUGCGGGCCUGGCCACUAUGAUCUCCACAAUGCGACCGGAUAUAGACAACAUUGAUGAGUACGUGAGAAACACCACAGCCAGAGCCUUUGCCGUAGUGGCCUCCGCUUUGGGUAUACCCUCGCUGUUACCUUUUCUGAAGGCGGUGUGCAAAUCCAAGAAGUCCUGGCAGGCGCGGCACACAGGCAUCAAGAUUGUCCAGCAAAUAGCUAUUCUCAUGGGCUGCGCCAUCCUGCCCCAUCUCAAAGCCCUCGUGGAAAUCAUCGAGCAUGGCCUGGUGGAUGAGCAGCAGAAGGUUCGUACCAUUACGGCCCUGGCCAUUGCUGCUCUGGCCGAGGCAGCCACUCCCUAUGGCAUUGAAUCCUUCGAUUCCGUACUGAAACCCCUGUGGAAGGGUAUCCGAACGCAUCGUGGCAAGGGUCUGGCCGCCUUCCUCAAAGCCAUUGGUUACCUUAUACCCCUCAUGGACGCCGAGUAUGCCAAUUAUUAUACGCGUGAGGUGAUGUUGAUUCUGAUCCGAGAGUUCCAAUCGCCGGACGAGGAAAUGAAGAAGAUUGUCCUCAAGGUGGUAAAGCAAUGUUGCGCUACCGAUGGCGUGGAGCCGCAGUAUAUCAAGGAGGAGAUCCUGCCACAUUUCUUCAAGUUCUUUUGGAAUCAUCGCAUGGCCCUGGACAGACGUAACUACCGACAGCUGGUAGACACAACCGUGGAGAUAGCCAACAAGGUGGGAGCCUCCGAGAUCAUCAAUCGUGUGGUGGACGACCUUAAGGACGAGAAUGAACAGUACAGGAAAAUGGUGAUGGAAACCGUGGAGAAGAUCAUGGGUAAUCUUGGAGCAGCGGAUAUUGAUUCCCGAUUGGAGGAGCAACUCAUCGAUGGCAUACUGUAUGCCUUCCAGGAACAGACCACCGAGGACGUGGUGAUGCUGAAUGGUUUCGGAACCAUAGUAAACCAGUUGGGUAAGCGCGUGAAACCCUACCUCCCACAGAUUUGCGGCACCAUCCUCUGGAGAUUGAACAACAAAUCCGCCAAGGUGCGACAGCAGGCAGCGGAUCUCAUCUCAAGGAUAGCGGUGGUGAUGAAAACAUGCCAGGAGGAGAAGCUAAUGGGUCAUCUUGGCGUCGUGCUCUACGAGUACUUGGGCGAGGAGUAUCCCGAAGUGCUGGGCAGCAUUCUGGGCGCCCUGAAAGCCAUUGUCAACGUGAUUGGCAUGACUAAGAUGACGCCGCCCAUUAAGGACUUAUUACCCCGACUGACACCCAUUCUAAAGAAUCGCCACGAGAAGGUGCAGGAGAACUGCAUCGAUUUGGUGGGCAGGAUAGCAGAUCGUGGACCGGAGUAUGUGUCCGCACGCGAAUGGAUGCGCAUCUGUUUCGAGCUGCUGGAGCUACUCAAGGCCCACAAGAAAGCCAUUCGACGGGCAACAGUCAAUACCUUCGGUUAUAUAGCCAAGGCUAUAGGUCCCCACGAUGUCCUGGCCACGCUGCUCAACAAUCUAAAGGUGCAGGAGCGUCAGAAUCGUGUGUGCACCACGGUGGCCAUUGCCAUUGUGGCGGAGACAUGUCGCCCGUUUACCGUGCUCCCCGCUUUGAUGAACGAAUACCGAGUGCCCGAGCUGAACGUCCAGAAUGGUGUCCUCAAAUCGCUCUCCUUCCUCUUCGAAUACAUUGGCGAAAUGGGCAAGGAUUAUAUUUAUGCCGUGUGUCCGCUCUUAGAGGACGCCCUCAUGGAUAGGGAUCUGGUUCAUAGACAGACAGCCUGCUCUGCCAUCAAGCACAUGUCGUUGGGUGUCUAUGGCUUUGGCUGUGAGGACGCCCUGACGCAUCUCCUCAACUACGUGUGGCCCAAUAUCUUUGAGACAUCGCCCCAUCUCGUCCAGGCCUUUAUGGACUCCGUGGACGGUCUGAGGGUAUCGCUGGGACCCAUCAAGAUUCUUCAGUACACACUGCAGGGCCUGUUCCAUCCCGCGCGGAAGGUGCGAGAUGUCUAUUGGAAGAUCUACAACUCGCUGUACAUUGGCGGGCAGGAUGCCCUGAUUGCCGGCUAUCCGCGUAUCACCAAUGAUCCCAAGAACCAAUACGAGCGGUACGAACUGGACUAUGCGCUUUAAGUUUUAACCGAGUAGAUUUAUCUAUAUAUAGGACACAAAAUAAAAACAAAGUGUAGAAA